CGUCAACUAUGCUCAGUUGAAACCGCUUGCUAACUAUAUACCCCACUCACACGCCACGAGCAAGAGCAACUGCUCAUAGCGAACGAAGGAUGGCACAUGUUUGCCGCCGCCGCAGCCUUGCAAGACCCUUGAAGCUCUAUCAACUCUGAACAUGUGCUUCAGCUAUUGGCUCCCACCUCCAUCACCCAUCUUAUAGCUCAUGCCUAGAGUGAGCCCUGGCGGCGGGGUUAUGAUGGCUAUCUGGUGGGGUUGAGCAGAUCAACAGGGACCUCCAUACACAUGAGCAAGUAGAUUCGCGUUGAGCACAUCGUGUGCGAGGCGUCUGAGCUGCCGACUAUGUACAAUGACCGUUGUACCGAGACAGUGUACCCGAAUUGGUUUCGAGCCAGGUCUCCUUGAUUGCCAACUCGCGUGCCUCGACCUAUAUAUCCUUGGCUCGCCGUGUCCUUGUUGCUCGAUUUUUCAUCCGUCUUCAACUUGAUCGUGUGAACAGCUUUCAACACUGCUUCAAUAGCUCCCUUCUUUCAGCACUCAUUCUCUCACCAUACAAUGAGAGAGUAUCAUGGCUUCUCAUGGUGGUAACAUGUUGUCCUUGGCUAACGCUCAGUCUCUUCUGGCCGGCAUCGUUGCUACUGCUCUCAGCACGCUCUGCCUCACCUCAAUUUUCUCCAGCAAGAGCCAGGACGAAAGCCCAGGCUUGAUCAAAUCCUUUUUCCUUUUUUUCUACUCCUCCUUCAUCAAACCCCACCAGGGCGGUAAAAAGGGCAAUCAACAAGAUGCCCUUGAGAGCUUCUACAAGAAGCAAGCCGGGGCUUAUGAUGCUACCCGAAAGGUCCUCCUCCGUGGACGUGAGGACAUGCUGGCCCUUGUUGCCGCGCAGAUCCAGGCAAAGCUGACGGAUGAUGCGCCUAAGAAUGGCAACAAGAAUAAGCGAAUCUGGGUUGAUAUUGGCGGUGGCACUGGCUUCAACAUCGAGGCCAUGGGUGCAUUCGUCGAUGUCCCUACCUUCUUCUCGAGCGUAUACCUCGUCGACUUCUCCCCUUCUCUCUGCGAAGUGGCACGAAAGCGAUUUGAACGCCUUGGCUGGAAGAAUGUCAAGGUUGUCUGUGAGGACGCUCGCAAGUUCCGUCUUGAGGAUUAUGAAUCUGGGAUGCCUUCAAAGCCAAUUCCUCCUCGUUCCCCUGCUCUGAGCUAUUUUGACAAGCCUCGCCCCGACUUUGGUGGAGCGGACUUGAUCACCAUGUCUUACAGUUUGUCCAUGAUUCCCGACUACUACUCAGUCAUUGACUCUGUGAUUUCUCUUCUCUCGCCCCAGGGCAUCGUGGGGGUGAUUGACUUCUAUGUCCAGAACCAGGUUGAUUUUGCCUUCCGAAACUACACUGGUGGUCUUGUCGACCGUCACGUCAACUUCUUGUCCCGAAGCUUUUGGCGCUCUUGGUUCGAUCUUGACCGGGUUGGUCUUGAGCCCAGUCGCCGAGACUACCUCGAGUACAAGUUUGGUACUGUUCUCAACGUCAACACUCGCAACAAGGGCCUGGGAGCUAUCCCCUACUACAUCUGGCUCGGAUGCCACAAGAAGCCUUUCUCGUCGUCUAGUCUUCCCCACGAGAUUGUUGAACGCAUUGACGCCCUGGUCACAGAGUCCCCUUAUCUGUACCCCGCCAACCACGGAGAUGCCCUGACUCGAGCCGUUGAAAGGUCUGCUCCUGAGAUUCGAUCUAAGGCGUUCCUCACUGCAGUUCAGAAUCUGUCUUCCAACCUCCCUCUCCCCUCGUUCUUCUACCAGAAUCACCAUUGGCGCAUCUACUAUGAUGAGCAACUCCCCAAGCACACUCAGUUCAAGGACGAGUACAUCUACGCCUUCACCUGGGAGGAUACUCGUGUUGAUGAGCGUCUCUUGAAGCUUGGUGCUGACGACAAGGUCCUGGCCAUUACUUCUGCUGGUGACAACAUUCUCUCGUAUCUCCUUCAAAGCCCUGCCCGUGUUCAUGCUGUCGACUUGAACCCCACCCAGAACCACUUGCUUGAACUCAAGGCUGCUUCUUACACUGCCCUCCCGUAUGAGGAUUUCUGGAAGAUUUUUGGAGAUGGGAAGCACCCUCACUUCCGUGAGUUGCUCAUCACCAAACUGUCUCCUCAUCUUUCUGGUCGCGCAUUCCAGUACUGGCUCAAGAACGUCCAUGUCUUCCAGAAUAGCAGUGGUUACGGCUUAUACGAUACCGGAGGUUCUCGCCACGCUAUCCGUGUCUUCCGUUGGAUUGCACGAAUCUUUGGUCUGCAGAAGGCUGUGAAGCAGCUCCUUGAGGCGAAGACUCUGAAUGAGCAGCGAGAGAUCUGGCGACGAAAGAUCCGCCCCGCUCUUCUCUCUAAGCUUGUCUGUAACUUGGUUGUCUCUCAGGAGAGCUUCCUCUGGGCUGCUCUUGGUGUUCCUAAGAACCAGCUGGCCAUGAUUGAGGCUGAUCACGCCGAGUCGGACCUCGUGAAGGGCCCCAAGCCUGCCGCCAAGAACACUCGCUCUCAUGCUAUCUGGCAUUACAUGGUCAACACUCUUGACCCUGUCGCUGAGGAGACUCACAUAGCUGCUGAUAACCCUUACUACUAUGUUUGCAUGGAUGGCAAGUUCUCUCCCAAGUGCCACCCUGAUUAUCUCAGCCCCAAGGCCCACGCCAAGCUCUCUCGCCCUAAUGCUCUUGAUGGUCUUCGGAUUCACACUGAUGAGCUCGAGGAGGUUAUUGCACGCAUCACCCCUGGUACUCUGACUGUUGCCGUCGUCAUGGAUAGCAUGGACUGGUUCGACACCGGAUCUCGAGCCGCCGCUGCCCAGAUCACUAAGCUCAACCGAGCUUUGGCUAUGGGUGGUCGUGUUCUGCUCCGUUCUUCGGCCUUGACCCCAUGGUACAUCAAAGAGUUUGAGGCUCAUGGUUUCUCACCCAAGCGACAUGGUGCUCGUCUCGAUGGAGCCUGUAUUGACCGUGUCAACAUGUAUGCUAGUUGCUGGAUUUGCACCAAGUCGGAGAACUUGCCCCCUCCCACCCCCGAGAUGGAUCGUGCUGGAGGCUCUGAGAUUACUUCUUUGACUAUCUAACUCGGACAGCUGGAUUGGACUGAGAUAAGGAUUUUAUAUUGUGAGAAUUAGUACAGAACAGAAUAGCGAGCUUGGACAAUAAAAAUUGAUAUUGCGCAGCUUCUUCUUAGCCUUCAUCCUGCUAAGACUCUGAAAGCUUUGGCAAAGCCUA